AUGCCUAAACUCCUUCAAGAAAAGAUUCUCUCCAAGCCUCAAAACCCCCAAACCCAGUGCCCUCUCUUCUGCACCCUCCCAGCAGAAGUGCGAGACGAAAUCUUCUCCUACGUCCUCACAGACCAUCCAGAUCCCAACCCCACCAAGCAGUUUAAAGAAACAACCUGCUACACUCGCCCUUCCUACCUAGCCCAUCAAUUGACAGACACGAGACUUCUCCGCACAUGCAGAGCCAUUUACCGAGAAACUUGGUUCAAGCCUUAUGUCCUCAGAGAGCACACGCGAUGGGCUUCGUCUGGUGACCGCGCCCCGCCAAGAGGAAUGGCGACCGGUCGACGCCUUGUGCAAACCCUCAAGCGCAUCGCUAAACAACUGGGCCAAGAAAAUGUUGAGAUUGAACGCCUGAGGGUUUUUGCGCAAAUGUACAAGCUCGACGAAGGGGACCUUGCCACAAUCCUGCGCACGCCUUAUCUUGCGCCCCGCGCUGUGACGCUUACUAUUCGCCACACGGACUGGUGGUUCUGGGAAGACGAUGAGCCUCUUACUUUCCAUGGGAAAUGGCUCACGGACGUCGGCAUGGCCAUGACGGCUAGCACGAAUGUUUUCCGCAUUGAGCUGGAGUCGCUCGAGCGGAAGAAAGCUCAAGUUGACAAAAUCGCCGACCAAAUGGCCAAGGAAUGGUUCAUCAAACGAUCCGACGGUGUUGUUCUCUAUGCAGAUGUAUCUGGCAAGGAUCGAAAGGUUGACCGAUGGAGCGGUUCGAGUAUCUGGCAUGGCAGACGAUGGAUUCGCGAUGAGACGGAGCCAAACAGACUGGAUUACUACAUCCUGACUGUCACAUUUCGCCCUCAGCAUGAGAUUGAGCGCAGUGGAGGGACGAUCAGCGAGACCGCUUGCAAUUCAGCGCAGAGACAGGUCCAUUUCUAUUCUGAGCUUCGUAUUCCGGGUCAGGAGAAGAUUGAGGACCCAAAGCCGUUUGUUUAUGAAGAUGACAGUGAUGAUGAAGCCUGUUGCACAAUGAUGGAUUAA